CUUUUUGAUCAGUGGAUUACAUUCUGAUGGAGCCGUCUGAGUGCCAGCGACUGUCCAUAUCCAGCAUUCCGAAGCCUUUUCCCUGGAGGGUGAUCCGUGCACCAGUUCCCUGGGCGCUUAGCUGCAGGGAAGCCAGCAGGUGGCAAAGCCAGCAUCUCUUUGCUGUGUGUCCUAUUAUGGGCCUCCUGCAGCAAGUCUGGAUGGAACGCUAUUCAUCUUUGAGAUUUGUGAAACUGGCCGACCUUUUCUCCGCCACCCUCCCUCUCCUGCCAUCUGAGUUUGUUGAGUUUGUCCAGAGACAGUGCCAGGCCACCAGAAAGGAACUGGAUGAAACGUGGCUGCCUUACUGCGCAUCCCUUUUUGUCACGCAUGAGAACAUGUGGCUGCCCCUUUUGCCCAAGAACGAGCCAGAAGCUCCGUUACGUGUCAGGGAGUUCUUCCAGUGUGUGGCUGCACUUAUGUCGCUGCAGCUUCGAAGCCUGGUCAUAGAGUCCUUACAGGAUUUGUUGACAUUUUUCAUGAGACACGAGGAGGGGAAUGACUUUGGAGAAGUUUUUGAUGAGCUGAUAUACACCCAGUCUCAAGUUUUGCUGCUUAAGCUACGAGCCGAAAAGUCUCACAUUGAGUUUUCUCCCAGCUUUCAGGAAUGUUGGGAAGUUAUUCGCGAAGCAUUUAUGGAAAUUAUCAAAAGUGCACAAAAGCUCCAAAGAGUAAAGCUUUCAAUUGAUUUGCACAUCUUUCUGCUAUCCUUGUUUCUUUUAUUUUUUACUUUUGUGUAACAUUUUUUAUUUUUUUAUGACCAGCUGGAAUGUAAGCUAUUUUCUGAAAUCAACAACCUGUAUCUACGGACUGUCAGACCCGACGAGUCACUGGUCACAGACAUAGUUGCCAAAGUUAAGGAUGCUUUCCAGAAGAACACAGUUGGUCCCAAAAAGUAUCUGGAUGUAUAUCGAAACUACAAGAAUCUUCUUGACAAUACAUCAAACGAGGACAUCUCAAAAUUUCUCGCAGAGAGUCACUCGUUAGAAGAAUCUGCCGAGAAAAUUGAAGCCAUCAACGAUGUAUGGAAGGAGAUAGCUUCACUGCGCAUCACAGUGCCCCUGUCCAUGUUCUGCCUGAAUGCCAGGGGCCUGAAUGAUCACCUGUGUGACUGCGCAGAGAGACUGAAAGCCAGGAUUGCCACGUUCGAAGUGGAAGAGAACCGGAAGCUUAACGAAGAGCUCUGCGAAAAGUACCAGACGAUUAGAAACGCCGCCAUAAGCAUCCCUAAGACCACAGAGGACUUGGUGUCUCUCAUUAACUACGUUGAAAAAAGCACCAAUGUCACCAUUAACACCAUGUUAGACGAGGUCGAAGCUGCAGUCCAUCGUCUCAGCUUCCUCAUGGACUAUGCUACUCAGCCAGCUGAUGACUUGACGCUGAACUCCCGGGUCUUCCGCUGGCCCAAUCAGAUCGUGAUCGAACUCGAAAAUGGCAAAUUACACCUGACAGUCCUUAGAGAACAGGCAGAAGAAGAACUCCAAACAAGGAUCUUCAACUUUGAUCAGAGGCUGCAGGAGUUGGAUAAGGAGAUCCAAACCUUUAAGAAGAAGGAGAUAAUUAACAUAGAGGAGAUGAAGAAUAAUGUGGCCUUACUCUCACAGAUCACAGCCAACUUGGAGGAAGCUGUCAAUGAGCUGGACGAAAUCAACAAGGAGCAGUCUUUGCUUGACAAGGAACAGAGCCAGUUUCCAAUGGUCCAAACACUGAUAGCAAAUAAGCAACCUUACGAACAGCUCUGGAACACAGCCUUCAACUUUGAGAGCAUGUCAGACGUGUGGCUGAAUGGUCCUUUCCAGCACUUGGAUGCUGAGAAGAUCUCAGAAGAGCUCGACACUAUGUGGAGGACUAUGCAUAAACUGACAAAGACUUUCUCCAAUCUUCUUGGGCCCUCUUGUGUUGCGAAUAACUUCAAAAGCAGGAUAGACCACUUCAAGCAUCACGUACCUGUCCUGACCACCAUCUGUAACCCCGGUCUCAAGGAUCGCCACUGGGAGAAGAUUAGCAGCAUCGUGGGCUUCGAUGUCAAACCAGAUGAGAACAGCACGCUGUUGAACAUGUUGGACCUCGGGCUUUCCAAGUUCUCCAAAGAGCUGGAGGAGAUUGGAGCCUCAGCCAGUAAAGAGUUCUCUCUGGAAAAGUCAAUGGACAAGAUGAAAAAGGAGUGGGCUAACCUGCGAUUCUCUUUCACCGCAUACAGAGAUACGGAUACCAAAAUUGUGUCAGCUGUGGAUGAUAUCCAACUCCUCCUAGAUGACCACGUUAUUAAGACACAGACCAUACGAGGCUCACCGUUUAUCAAGCCAAUAGAGACGGAAUGUAAGGCAUGGGAGGAGAAGCUGCUAAGUAUGCAGGACAUCCUGGAUGCCAUGCUGAAGUGUCAGUCCACGUGGCUCUAUCUGGAACCCAUCUUCAGCUCGCAGGACAUCAUCGCCCAGAUGCCCGAGGAAGGCCGAAAGUUUGCGAUCGUGGACAGCUACUGGAAGAACAUCAUUGCGGAAGCUCUCAAGGAUACACGAGUGCUGGUAGCAACCGACCAGCCCAACAUGCUGGAGCGGCUGCAGGAGUCCAACGAGCAUCUGGAUGAGAUUCAAAAAGGCCUCAAUACCUACUUGGAAAAGAAGAGGCUGUUUUUCCCGAGGUUCUUCUUUCUCUCAAACGACGAGCUGCUGGAAAUUCUGUCACAAACUAAAGAUCCCCUGUGUGUACAACCCCACCUGAAGAAGUGCUUCGAGGGCAUAGCCAAGCUGGAGUUUACCAAGGAACUGGAGAUCACUGGCAUGAUCAGCUCCGAGAAGGAGACCGUCCCUUUCACUGAAAAGAUUUAUCCGGCCCAAGCAAAUGGUAUGGUGGAGAAGUGGCUGAGCGAGGUAGAGAGUCUCAUGCUGAAGAGUGUUCGACAUGUCAUCCAUCAGGGAGUGAUUGAGUACGCAGAGGUGCCCCGUAAGAAAUGGGUGUUGCAGUGGCCCGGCCAAGUUGUCAUUAGUGCCUCGUCCAUCUAUUGGACCAGCGAAGUGUGUGAGGCUAUCCAAACCAAUUCUUUGCCGGGGUAUGUGGAGAAGUGUAAUGCUCAGAUUGCUGACAUUGUGGAGCUGGUGCGAGGAAAGCUGCCAGGAGGAGCUAGAAUGACCCUCGGUGCUCUGACCGUCAUUGACGUUCACGCUCGGGAUGUUGUAGCUAAACUGGCAGAGGAUCGUAUCUCUUCCUUGAAUGACUUUGCAUGGAUUUCUCAGCUGCGUUACUUCUGGGAAGGAGGAGAAGUGAUGCUGCGCAUGAUUACCACCUGCCUGAAAUAUGGCUAUGAAUAUCUGGGGAACUCUCCACGUCUAGUCAUCACACCAUUAACUGAUCGCUGCUACAGAACACUUAUGGGGGCUUUGAAGCUGAAUUUAGGUGGAGCUCCUGAAGGUCCUGCAGGAACUGGCAAGACUGAAACCACAAAGGAUCUUGCAAAAGCUUUGGCUAAACAGUGCGUGGUGUUCAACUGCUCUGAUGGUCUGGACUAUAAAGCUAUGAGUAAAUUCUUCAAAGGACUCGCUCAGUCUGGGGCCUGGGCCUGCUUUGAUGAGUUUAAUCGGAUUGAGGUGGAGGUUCUUUCUGUGGUGGCCCAGCAGGUGCUCUGCAUACAACAGGCCAUUGGUAAGAAUCUGAAGAAGUUUUUAUUUGAGGGGACGGAGCUGUCCCUCAAUCCAACCUGUUCAGUCUUUAUUACCAUGAAUCCCGGUUAUGCCGGCAGGGCGGAGCUCCCUGACAACCUAAAGGCUCUUUUCCGGACGGUGGCUAUGAUGGUGCCAGACUAUGGUCUCAUUGGGGAGAUCUCGCUGUACUCAAUGGGUUUCAUUGAGUCUCGCAGUCUUGCACAGAAGAUUGUGGCCACCUACCGGCUGUGCUCUGAGCAGCUGUCCUCCCAGUACCAUUAUGACUACGGUAUGCGAGCUGUGAAGUCUGUGCUGACUGCAGCUGGAAACCUAAAGCUGAAAUACCCAGAGGAGAAUGAGAGCGUGCUGUUGCUUAGGGCUCUGAUGGACGUCAACAUGGCCAAGUUUUUGGCACAGGAUGUGCCGCUCUUUCAGGGUAUCAUCUCGGAUCUAUUUCCUGGAGUUGUCCUGCCAAAACCAGAUUAUGAUCUCCUUUUCAAGGCGCUUGAUGAAAAUAUCGCAAAGCUUAACCUCCAGCCUGUCCCGUGGUUCAUUGGCAAAAUCAUACAGAUUUAUGAGAUGAUGUUGGUACGUCAUGGCUUUAUGAUAGUGGGAGACCCUCUUGGAGGGAAGACCUCUGCCUAUAAAGUUCUUGCUGCUGCCCUUGGAGACCUCAGUGAAGCCAGGCUGAUGGAGGAGUGUGCAGUACAGUACUGCAUCAUCAACCCCAAGGCUAUCACAAUGGGCCAACUGUAUGGCUGCUUUGAUCCAGUCAGUCACGAGUGGUCUGAUGGUGUCCUGGCCACCACCUUCAGGAAUCAGUCAAUUUCCACCUCAGAAGAUCGUCAGUGGAUCCUCUUUGACGGUCCGAUUGACGCGGUCUGGAUUGAAAACAUGAACACUGUGCUGGAUGACAAUAAGAAGCUUUGUCUGAUGAGUGGCGAGAUCAUUCAGAUGAGUCCCAAGAUGAGUCUAAUCUUUGAACCUGCAGACCUGGAGCAAGCCUCCCCAGCAACUGUCAGUAGGUGUGGUAUGAUCUACAUGGAGCCUCAGCAGCUUGGAUGGUCACCUCUAAGAGAUUCCUACAUGAACACGUUGCCUAAAAGCCUGGAUGAUGAACACAGAGAGCUGAUCACGGACCUGUUUGACUGGUUAGUGCAGCCCUGUUUGGACUUCUUAGAUAAGGAGUGUUGCUUUAUGGUGCAGACAUCUCCAAUUCACCUGGCCUACAGUCUGAUGAAGCUGUACACUUGUCUGAUGGAUGAGAUAGCUGCAUCAGAAACCAACGGUGCACAGAAUAUGUCCAGUGAGCAGAUAGCCAUGUGGCUGCAGGGUUUGUUCCUUUUUGGCCUUGUUUGGUCUCUGGGUGGUACCAUCACUGGAGAUAGUCGUAAGAAGUUUGACGUCUUCCUCCGCAACCUGCUAAUGGGCAUGUAUGAGGAGCACCCUCGUCCCAAAAGCGUCAAACUUAAAAAGAACAACAUCUUCCCGGAGCGAGGGACUGUCUACGACUACUACUUCCAUAAGGACGGACAUGGACAGUGGAACUCCUGGGCUGAUUCUAUCACGAAAGAAGAGAAUGUCAUCCCAGCUGGAACCAAAGUGUCAGACCUGAUCAUCCCGACCAUAGAGACGGCUCGUCAAUUGUUUUUCCUGCGCACCUACCUGGCACAUGAAGUACCCAUGCUGUUUGUGGGACCCACAGGCACUGGCAAAUCUGUCAUCAAUAAAAGCUUUCUGGUAAAGCUGCCUAAGGAGCUGUACAUACCCAACUGCAUAAACUUCUCAGCCCGCACCUCAGCUAACCAGACCCAGGACAUCAUCAUGGCAAAGCUGGACAGACGAAGAAAGGGUGUGUACGGACCUCCCAUGGGAAAGAAGUCUAUAGUCUUUGUUGAUGACUUAAAUAUGCCAGCUAAAGAAAAAUAUGGUGCCCAGCCUCCCAUUGAGCUGUUGAGACAAUGGAUCGAUCACCACCACUGGUAUGACAAGAAAGACACAUCUGUUCUGAACAUAGCGGAUGUGCUGUUUAUGUCCGCAAUGGGGCCUCCCGGUGGUGGGAAGAAUGACAUCACAGGCCGAUUUACCCGACACUUGAAUAUCAUCUCAAUUGAUUCCUUUGACGAUGAAACGCUAACUAAGAUAUUCAGUUCCAUUGUUGAUUGGCACUUCAGCAAGGGGUUUGAUGCAUCUUUCUUCAGACUUGGCAAGAUCAUGGUCCAGGCCACCAUGAGCGUCUAUAAAACCACUAUUGACAGCUUUCUCCCAACCCCUUCAAAGUCUCAUUACAUUUUCAACCUGCGAGACUUCUCCCGGGUCAUACGAGGUGUGCUGCUGGCUCCACCCUCACAUAUGCAGGAUGGCGAUAAGCUCAUCCGGCUGUGGAUUCAUGAAAUCUACCGUGUUUUCUAUGACCGACUUAUUGACAAUGCAGACAAGGAGACGUUUUUUACCAUCGUCAAAGAGAAGACCUCUAACUGCUUUAAGAUGAAUUUGGAUAAACUCUUAAGCCAUCUGAGCCCAGAUGGCACAGUGAUAGAUGAAAACAUCCGUAGCUUGUUUUUUGGUGACUACGCCAAGCCUGAUUCUGACAAUAAGGCCUAUGAUGAAAUCACAGAUUUGAAUGCUUUGCAAGAAGUGAUGGAAUUAUACCUGGAAGAGUACAACAGCUGCAGCAAGGCGCCCAUGUCCCUCGUGAUGUUUAAGUUUGCCAUCGAGCACAUCUCACGCAUCUGUCGUGUGCUGAAACAGGACAAUGGCCACGUUCUGCUUGUUGGUAUCGGUGGCUCCGGCCGCCAAAGCGCCACUAAGCUGGGGACGUUCAUCAAUGAUUAUGUGCUGUUCCAGAUUGAAUUGACCAGAAACUACAGCACGUCGGACUGGCGGGAUGAUCUAAAACGAAUGAUGCUCAAAGCAGGCAUCGAAGGGAAGAGUCUUGUCUUUCUGUUCAAUGACAGCCAAAUUAAAGAUGAGGCCAUGCUAGAAGACAUCGACAUGCUACUUAAUACCGGUGAUGUGCCAAACCUUUUUGCAGCUGAUGAGCGCGCAGACAUCAUUGAGAAAUCACAGGGUAUUGCACGGAUGGAAGGCAAGAAAAUUGAUGCAACUCCACUCUCGGUGUACAACUACUUCAUUGACCGAGUAAAGGCCAACCUUCACAUUGUUCUGGCCAUGAGUCCGAUCGGAGAUGCAUUUAGGAACCGUCUGAGAAUGUUCCCCUCUCUCAUCAACUGCUGCACGAUUGAUUGGUUUCAUGGAUGGCCAAGUGAUGCUCUGGAAAUGGUUGCCUACAAGUUCCUUGAGGAUGUGGAAAUGGAAAGUGACAUCAGACAGGAGGUUGUAGAGAUGUGCAAGACCUUCCAGACAGGUGUCAGGGAGAUGUCUCAGGUUUAUUUGUCCAGAUUAAGGAGACACAACUAUGUCACACCCACCUCCUACCUCGAACUUAUUCUUACCUUCAAGAGUUUGCUAAAUGUUAAGAGGAAUGAGGUGGACAUGGCAAGGAACCGCUAUAUUGUUGGUCUCCAGAAGUUGGAAUUUGCAGCAUCUCAGGUUUCAGUGAUGCAGCAAGAGUUGACAGCUUUGCAGCCAGAACUCAUAGAGACUUCAGCGGAGACGGACAAGAUGGUGGUCAAGAUAGAAGCUGAAACAAUAGAGGUUGAUGCUAAGAAAGAACUAGUUUCUGCUGAUGAGAAAGUGGCUAACGAAGCAGCUGCUGCAGCCAAAGCCAUUAAGGAUGAAUGUGAGGGAGAUCUAGCAGAGGCAUUGCCUGCACUGAAUGCUGCCCUUGCUGCCCUGGACACUUUGAAACCUGCUGACAUUACAGUUGUUAAAUCCAUGCAGAAUCCACCAGGGCCAAUAAAACUGGUGAUGGAGUCCAUCUGUGCUAUGAUGGGCAUGAAACCUGAAAGAAAACCUGAUCCUAGUGGCUCAGGUAAGAUGAUUGAGGAUUUCUGGGGUCCAUCUAAGAAACUCCUUGGAGACCUAAAGUUUCUGGAAAACCUAAAGGCAUACGACAAAGACAAUAUUCCUCCUCCAUACAUCAAGAAAAUCAGAGAAAAGUUCAUCGACCACCCUGACUUCCAGCCUUCUGUGAUCAAAAAUGUGUCGUCAGCUUGUGAAGGUCUCUGUAAAUGGGUACGGGCAAUGGAGGUGUAUGAACGCGUAAACAGGGUUGUAGCCCCCAAAAAGGAGAGACUGAAGCUGGCUGAGGAUGAAUGGACUGUACAGAUGGAAAUGCUGGCUGUGAAAAAGGCUGAACUAAAGACAGUUGAGGAUCAAUUGCAGAGCCUGAACGAUGACUUGAGUGCAAUGAUGGAUAAAAAGAAAGAUUUGGAAGACAACAUUAAACUGUGCUCUGAGAAGCUCAUUAGGGCAGAGAAACUGAUCGGAGGGCUGGGAGGUGAGAAGGAUCGGUGGACGGAAGCUGCGAGACAACUGGGCACCAGAUACAUCAGUCUGACCGGUGACAUUCUACUGUCUUCUGGGACCGUUUCGUACCUUGGGGCUUUUACGGUGGAUUACCGUAAAAACUGUCAGGAGCAGUGGCACAAACUGUGCCAAGAAAAGAAAAUCCCUUGCUCAGAUGACUUCACCCUCACCAGCACUUUGGGUAACCAGGUUGCUAUCAGGGCCUGGCACAUUGCUGGACUUCCUGUGGACUCUUUCUCCACAGACAAUGGCAUUAUCGUGUUCAACUCUCGCCGAUGGCCCUUGAUGAUCGAUCCUCAAGGCCAAGCCAACAAGUGGGUCAAGAGCAUGGAGAAGGCCAACAAGCUUGCCGUAAUCAAACAAUCAGAUGGAAACUAUGUGAGAAUCCUGGAGAACUGCAUCCAGUUUGGAAACCCGGUCCUUAUGGAACAUGUUGGAGAGGAGUUGGAUCCAGUUCUAGAGCCUGUGUUGCUGAAGCAGACCUUCAAACAGCAGGGGGUGGAGUACAUGAAAAUCGGAGAAAAUAUUGUGGAAUAUUCUAAAGACUUUUUGUUCUACAUGACCACUGGGCUGAGGAACCCUCAUUAUCUCCCCGAGGUAGCUGUAAAAGUCUGCCUGCUGAACUUUAUGAUCACUCCACAAGGUUUACAGGACCAGCUUUUAGGGCUUGUGGCAGCAGAGGAGAAACCAGAGCUGGAGGAAAAGAAGAACAAGCUCAUUUUGGAGAGCGCUGCCAACAGCAAGCAGCUGAAAGAAAUCGAGGAUCAGAUCUUAGAAGUCCUCUCCUCUUCCAAGGGCAACAUCCUGGAAGAUGAGACCGCCAUCAAGAUCCUAUCGUCUUCCAAAAUACUGUCUGAGGAGAUUUCUGAGAAGCAAAAAGUCGCCAGCAUCACUGAGAAAGAGAUUGACAACACCCGUAUGGGCUACCGUCCUGUAGCCGAGCACUCUUCCAUCCUAUUUUUCUGCAUCUCAGAAAUGGCUAACAUCGAACCCAUGUACCAGUACUCGCUGACAUGGUUCCUCAAUCUCUACCGGUAUUCCAUAUCUGAGAGUCCAAAAAGUGAUGUCGUGUCUGAAAGAAUAAACAAUAUUGUUGAGCACUUCACACUCUGCAUCUACAAUAAUGUCUGCCGCUCCCUUUUCGAGAAGGACAAGUUGCUUUUCUCCCUGCUGCUCACGGUAGGCAUCCUGCAAGGCAAGGGCCAGGUCGACGAUGAAGUGUGGCGUUUCCUCCUAACUGGUGGCAUUGCCUUGGAUAACCCUUAUCCAAACCCCGCCACCGAGUGGCUUACCGACAAAUCUUGGUCAGAGAUCGUCAGGGCCUCCAAACUUCCAGACCUGAAAGGGUUUUUCACUCAUGUCAGAGACAACAUCUCCAAAUGGAAGGAUCUUUAUGAUUCGGCAAAACCCCACAAGGAUCCGCUGCCCGACCAAUGGGAUGGGUUAGCAGGACUAUAUCGAAUGGUGAUAAUCAGGUGCUUCAGACCAGAUAAACUGGUUCCGGCUGUGCAGGAUUUCAUAGGGGAGAACAUGGGACAAGCUUACAUCGAGCCGCCCACCUUCGACCUGGCAGGGAGUUACAAGGACUCAAACUGCUGCUCUCCUCUCAUUUUUGUGUUGUCGCCAGGAUCUGACCCUACAGCAGUACUGUUGAAGUUUGCUGAUGACCUGGAAAUGGGGGGUAGCAAGAUCCAGACCAUUUCUCUUGGUCAAGGACAGGGUCCCAUUGCAGCUCAGAUGAUCGACAAAGCCAUAAAGGAAGGCACUUGGGUGGUAUUGCAAAACUGCCACCUGGCCACCAGUUGGAUGCCCACUUUGGAGAGGAUUUGUGAGGAAACCAUCAACCCAGAGAGCACACAUCCACGCUUCAGGCUGUGGUUAACCAGCUAUCCGUCGGACAAGUUCCCAGUUAGCAUCUUGCAGAAUGGGCUGAAGAUGACUAAUGAACCUCCCAAAGGAAUUAGAGCCAACCUGCUGCGCUCCUAUCUCAGUCACCCAAUCUCGGACCCCGAGUUCUUUGACAGCUCCAAGAAACAGACGAUUUGGCAGAAGUUCUUGUUUGGUCUGACUUUCUUCCACGCUCUGGUUCAGGAGAGGAGAAACUUUGGCCCCUUGGGAUGGAAUAUUCCCUACGAGUUUAAUGAGUCAGACCUGCGAAUCAGCAUGAGGCAGAUCCAGAUGUUCUUGGAUGAAUAUGAUGAAGUUCCGCUGGAGGCGCUCACAUAUCUCACAGGUGAAUGUAACUAUGGAGGCAGGGUGACCGAUGAUAAAGACAGACGUCUGCUGCUGUCCCUUCUGUCCACCUUCUACAGCUGGGAGCUGAUAGAGCAGGACUGCUACCAUCUGUGUGAGGGAGACGGGUAUUAUGUUCCAGCUCAUGGGCCCUAUCAGACGUAUGUAAACUACAUUCGAAGUCUGCCAAUUUGUGCUGAUCCAUGCGUAUUUGGACUUCAUAGCAACGCCGACAUUACCAAAGACAACCAAGAGACUAAUCAGCUGCUGGAAGGAAUACUGUUGACCCUGCCUAGGCAGUCUGGUGGCGGUGCCAAGUCACCGCAGGAAGUAGUCGAGGAACUUUCCGAGGAUAUUUUGUCGAAGCUACCCGCAGACUUUGACAUCCAAAUGGUGAUGGAUAAAUAUCCAGUUAUGUAUGAAGAGUCAAUGAACACCGUGUUGAGGCAGGAAAUCAUCCGCUUUAACAGACUUACAGAGGUGGUGCGUGACAGCUUGGUAAACAUCUGCAAAGCUCUCAAGGGCCAAAUUGUUAUGUCCUCCGAGCUUGAGAAUGUCUUUAACAGCAUGCUGGUUGGCAAGGUGCCAGCAAUGUGGGCAGCCAAGUCAUAUCCCUCUCUUAAACCACUGGGGAGCUACGUGACUGACCUACUGAGCAGACUACAGUUCCUCCAAGACUGGAUAGAUGAUGGCCCACCCUCUGUUUUUUGGGUCUCUGGCUUUUAUUUCACCCAAUCGUUUCUAACUGGAGUGUCUCAGAACUUCGCCAGGAAGUACACCAUUCCGAUCGACUACAUUGGUUUUGAAUUUGAGGUAACCAAAGAGGAGACCUACAUGGAAGAAAAGCCUGAAGACGGAGCAUACGUAAAGGGUCUCUUCCUGGAAGGAGCACGCUGGGACAGGCAGAACAUGGUCAUUGGAGAGUCUUUACCCAAGAUUCUCUUUGACUCUUUGCCCAUCAUUAAGCUCAGACCAGGAGAAAUGGACAAAUUUCUGCAUGAAAACAUCUAUGUUUGUCCUGUUUACAAAACUAGUGCCCGUCGAGGUACAUUGUCUACCACUGGGCACUCCACCAACUAUGUCCUGUCCAUUGAGCUGCCCUCUGACAAGCCACAGAAGCACUGGAUUAACCGUGGGGUGGCAUGCCUCUGCCAGCUUGAUGACUAGGAAGCAGCCGGUUUUUUAAACUGCUGUUGACCUGCUCAGCUGUUGCACAAGCCAAAGAAAUACAUGUAUUUGCAAUUCAACAAAAAGUCUUUUUUUUUUUUUUUACCCCCCUUUGCAGCCAAAAAACAAGUUUUUGCUUUAAAACAUACUGGUCACUGUAUCAGAAUCAGGCAAAAAUCUUUGCCAUACUCAAGUAGUUUUUCUCUUUGUUGUCGUCACGACUAGCUGUGGAUAUUUAGUAGACUUCAGUUGGACCAAAGUUUGUUACGUUCUGUAAUCU